UUAUUUGGUGACAUCUAGCAGUCUUGUUUACCUCAGAAUGUCAAAUAGCCGAUAAUAACCAAAUAAAUCGGCAAAAUAAUUAAGUAAAGAAAAAUGAUUUUUAAAAUACAACUACAAAUUAAUUCGUUAGAUUAAACAAUUGUGUCGUUAUCUGAGGAAUAUGCAAAAUAACCAAGUACAUAAAGUGAAUAAAUGAGAUAUAUCUUUGAAAUUUGAUACUGAGAUAGAGAUAUCAACCUCCUGUUCAUCAUGACUGUAUCUCUACUUAAAAAUCCAGAAAUGCACUUCGGUGCAAUUACUUUCUUUGCCAGACAACACAAGGAGGACAUGUGUGGGAGUAAUGGGUUGCCAUUAACGCCGAAUUCUAUUAUUAUCUAUGGAAGAGCUCAAAUACUGAAAUCAAUUAAAAGCCCAUAUUUAUGUCAGUAUCUGGAUAUAAUUCGUGGGAAACAUGAAAGAACUGUGGUAGUAUGCCAGUACUGUGGAACACCCUUGGUAGAUUAUUUAGAGAAGAAGCAAUUUUCAUUAGCUGAUGUAGUUUUUAUGGCAUAUCAGAUUAUUCAAGGAUUAAAAGAGCUUCAUAAAAGGAAUAUAGUGCAUCGUAAUUUAAGUAGUGAAAACGUGCUGCUACAAGGGAAUAAUAUAAAAAUGUUCAAUUAUGGACUUUACUAUUUAACAUACAAUGGAAAAUUGGUGUCUUUUCCUGUGAUACAAUUGCUGUAUGCUGCUCCUGAGGUAUACCUUGAUGGAAUUCAAUACAGUCUUCCAAAUCCAAAAGUAGAUAUUUGGUCUUUAGGAAUAAUAUUAGUAGAGCUGGUGCUGAACAAGUCUUUGUGGAGUACAUUGAAAGUAGGCCAAAGAAUUAGGAAAAUUUUGAGUCUUCUUCAGUCAAACACAUCCGUUUUUGAGAGAAUAGCUAGAGAACAUAAUGCUUAUGAUCAAUAUAUGAGCUUGCCUGAUGAUAUAAAGGAACUUAUAGAAUGUUGCCUUCAAAUAGAUCCCUCUACAAGACCUACUUGUGAAGAUCUGCUUCAGAAAAAAGUUUUCAAUAAGUUUAAUUUGCAAAAUGGGUAUGUUAAGGAGAUUUUUUCCAAAAACUUCGAGAUUUUUACUAUUCAUGAGCUAUAUCAUUGGUGGCAGUUAGCUGGCGGGGAUGUAUUGCAGGAAUUAAAGAAACAAGGACUGAUAAGGUCAAGCCCUCCUAUAUUAUCAUUACCACACUUGCUUUUAAUAGAAGGUAAUAUCUUAGGACAGGAUCGCAACCCAGCUACAUUAUAUGACCCAAGAGUGGUCGAAAUGCCUCUGGAUACAUUGUAUCAAAGAUUCGAGAACAUUCCUUUUUCUGCCUUCUAUCCAUUAAUCCAGAUCAGGUGCGAUGUAAUAACCCAAUCAGAACCGCCUCCUUAUGAUGCGACUGGAUUACCUCUCAUCAUUAAGGAGAGAGAUCCCGAGUAUCAGUUCCAUAGGAUAAUAUUGUUUAGAAGGUUACUACAUGGCUAUCCGUUUACAAAAGAGCUUAUCUGUAGGGAAGCAGCGAAGGAUAUUCCCCCUUUGUUAAGGGGAGAAGUUUGGGCGGCUUUGUUAGGAAUAAAAAGUGAUUAUAAGUAUCAAUAUAUGAAACUAGAUAAAUAUACAUUGACACCGACAGAUCGACAGAUAGAAGUGGACAUACCUAGAUGUCACCAAUACAAUGAACUCCUAUCGUCUUCUGAAGGCCACAACAAGCUCAAGCGUAUUUUGAAGGCUUGGGUGUCUAAAAACUCGCAGUACGUUUACUGGCAAGGGUUGGAUUCACUUACAGCUCCAUUUCUAUAUCUCAAUUUUAAUGAUGAAGCAAAAGCGUUUUCUUGCUUAUCACUGUUCGUUCCAAAAUAUCUACACAAAUUUUUUCUCAAAGACAAUUCUGCUGUGAUAGAGGAAUAUCUAGCGAAGUUUUCCCAAUUGAUUGCAUUCCAUGAUCCAGUUUUGGCGAACCAUUUGUACGAGAUCAACUUCUAUCCACAAUUAUUUGCGAUUCCUUGGUUCCUCACUCUAUUUUCACACGUAUUUCCGCUUUACAAAAUUCUUCACUUGUGGGAUAAGGUUCUUCUCGGCAACUCUUCGUAUUCUCUCCACAUCGGCCUGUCAGUAUUGACUCAACUCAGGGAUAGAUUGCUAAAUUCUGGCUUCAACGAAUGCAUUCUGCUGUUUUCCGAUUUACCCGAAGUUGAUAUAGAAAAGUGUGUAAUGUUGUCGACUGAUACUUUUAAGAGUACUCCUGGCAGUAUAACGGAUAGGGAACAUGAUAAUGAAUCGUUCAGGAUCAGGGAUGAAUUUGAUAUUUCAGGAGUCACACUACAAGAUUUGAAGAAAGAAAGGUAUCCUCGCAUCAGCGCUAAGGAUGUAAUAGACUUAGUCCGUAGCAAGCCUGACAAGUUAAUAAUAAUAGACAUACGUAAUCUCGUCGAAUUCAAUCGUUGUAGUGUGAUCAACAGCAUCAAUAUUCCAUUUUCUAGUGUAUCAUUUAAAGAGAACAAAAUAGAAAAUAUAGGACAGCACAGCUCCCUUCUAGAGAAUUCAAAGGAAAAAAUAGUAGUAAUAAUUGGAGAUGAAGAAACUGACUUGGAACUGUUUCCCACUUUCCUGCUUACUUGCAAUGUUAAGAAAGUCUGCGUGCUACACGGCGGAUUCAACGUACUACUCUCUGUAUCACCGACGAUUCUGAUGUCUCAUAAUCUGGCUUUGUGAUAACGACCUCCUAAGAGAUAUGAUCUCUUUAGUCCGUUUCUAAAUAGGAACAAAUAAGUUUUUAAUGAUUUCAUAGAAUACGUAGUAUCUUUUAAUAGCAGUAUUUUUUCAAGAAAAGAAAUGAGAUUAUUUUAAUAUUAAUGUGAUUCAUAAUGAAAGAAGGAUACUUAGCCACAUCGUACAUACAGAGUGCCGUAUUAUAUACUGGAAUGCAUGGAUGUCUGUCCUUUUUGUUAUGUCUUUUUGUUCACAUAAUAACGUGUAUCGUCUUUCUUGUAACUCGUAAGAUAAGGUCAGAUGGAAAAAAAAUUAACAGAAACUCGAGAAUGGCAGGAUUUUUAAGAGUGUGGUAUUGCCACAUUUAAAAGUGUGGUAUUGCUACGUAGAACCAUCUACUUUGGAUGACAGGCGCUUUGAUGGCGCUACAUAGCAUUACCACUCUAUCAAGUUGGAACUUUGCUUAAGAAUUCUGCAUUUUUCCUUUUCCAGUGUGGCUUCGAUAUGACAUUACUUGAUGAGCCUCAACAGAUAGUGUAGGAAACAGAGGUUGAACAUCGCAAAAUGGACACAAGUCCGGUUUUAUUUUUUUUCUGGUAUAUCAAGGGGUGCUUAUUAUGAGACUAAUUCUUUCUUAAAAAAUUUCGUCCCGGAACCCCCCUUUUCAUUCCUUUAAAGGGGAUAAUUUGUGGUUUUUGCGAAACGUAGCCUUUCCUGUACGUUUUGCAAAAAAUUUGCUUAAUAGUAAUGAAGAGGAAUAUAUUUCCUACUAUUUAUUUCCCGACAGCAUAUGUCUAUCACCCACCGUUUAGCGGGGGUGGCGCCCCAAAGUUGACAAAUUUUUAAAAAAGAUGUUUUUAAAAAAAAUUGUUUUUCCCUAACUGUAAUGAAAAUUACGAAGAAACCCUGCGGCAAUUAAUCACAAAUAAGUGGCUAAUUUUUUGGUAUAGGUUUCAUUUAAGGGCAAUUGCAAAUUUUUAAAUUACAGGGUGUUUUAAAAAACCCCUUUUUAUACCAUCUGAACCGCCUAUGCUAGAGUAAAAAACUUUCAGCGAUUAUCCAUGUACUGGUGUUAUUUACAAAUUUGUAUAAUGCACCCCCAUAUUUUCCCCGGAAGCUCUCCAAAAAAAAAGGAGAAUUAAUAAAGAAAAUAAUCAAAAAUUGAUUUUGGGCCACCACUGCGGCUGUAGGGUGCAAAGAAAAUAAAAUAUGCAUAGGUCAUAAUGUGUAGCAGACAGUGUGUUCUUUUAUUUUCCAUAAUUACCUGCUCCUUUUCAUUUCUGAGCUUUAUGGCGCCACUGUGCCGUAACGGUUGCUUAUACGAAAAAAUGCAUAAGACCUUAUUUGUAGACAAAAUAAUGGUCUUUAAUUCUGUAUAAGUUUUGUUUUAAAAAAUGCAUAGGUAAUGAGAAAAUCGUAAAAACAUGCUCUCCAAGGGAUAGGGGUAGCUUCUGCAGUUUAUUUUCAAGGAUAGGGGUAGUUUCCGCAGGGAUGUUGCAGUAAUCAUAUAUAUUUAUGAAAAAUCCUAUUGAUGGAGCAUAUGUCUAUAUGGGUCAAGAAGCAAAAAAAUAUUUUUUUUCAACCCUCCCUUUAUUUCUUUUUUUUUGGCUGCAGGGGUUGCAUCAAGAAAUCGCUUUUGGUGUCCAUGCAUGGGUAAUAAUAGUGCAUUCUUUCACGGUUUUUGCUCUAAAUUUUACAGAACCGCUUGGAUUGACAUGAAAUUUGGCGUAGGUAUAGCUUACAUGUCAAAGAAAAAAAGUUAUAUUGUGCCGAUGUGUGCUUUUGCCCUGGGGGUGACUUUCACCCCCUCUUGGGAGUGAAAAAAUAUAUAUCCAAAAUAAGUGCGGAAAUGGGUAAACUGACUAAUUUUAUGUAACUUUUGUUCUAUAAAGCUUUUUCGCCAAGUCAACAUUUUUCGAGUUAUUUGCGAGUGAAUAUGUUCAUUUUUCAACAAGAUAACCACAUUUUUAGACGGUUUUUCGCAAAUAACUCAAAAAGUAAGUAUUUUGUCGAAAGAAACGUUCUUAGCAAAAAUAUAGCCUAUAAAAAAGUAAAAAAAAUUGUGUACGCGUUAGGUGUCUGGAUCUCGUAGAACCAGAGUUAUAGCCAAUGAAAAAUAGAUUCAUAUUCACCAAAUUUCAAAUAUAAUAUUUCGACGUGAAAUAUCCAAAAAAUUAAGCACUUUUUGGGGAAAACCCAUUAUAACUUUUUUAAAGUGUAUAAAAAAAGAUUUAUUUAUGUUUUUACAAAAAAUUUCUAGCAAUAAAUUUAAGCAAGUUACGCUCAAAAUAAAGUUGGUCCCUUUUGUUUUGGCAAAAAAAAUCUGGAAGACCACCCCCUAAUUAGCAAAUUAAAAUGAAAUUAAUCGUUACCGCUCUACAAAUUAUUUUAUUUAUGUUGUGUUUACAUGAUCUGUAAGUUUCAUCGAUUCAAAGUGCUUAUUUUUGAAAAAAAUUAGUUUCAAAGUAAAAUUUUUAAAAAUUUUAAUUUUGAAAAAUAUGCUUUUUUUUUUCAAAAUAACUUAAAAAUUGUUACAGAUACCAAAAAUCUAGAAACACAAAAAAAGUCAGCAUUGCUUUUCUGAAUAUCAUGUAUUUUUUUGUUUUUCUGUUAGACAAAAAUUUAUUUUCUAUUUACUUUCUAAUGUUUCUAAAUUUGCAUACAUUCGUGAUCAGUGACUCGUUCAACCCCUUUUAACUACAGCCCUUUCAAUAAUAAGGACUUUGAACCGAUGAAACUUACAGAUCAUAUAAACAAUACAUACACGAGCCAAGAAACUUGUGAAGUCGUAACGAUUAAGUUCAUUUAAGAUACUAAUUAGGGGAUGAUUUUCUCGAUUUUUUUACCAAAACAAAUAGGGACUAACUUUGUUUUGAGCGUAACUUGUUUACUUUUAAUGCUAGAAAUUUUUUUUAUAAAACAAAAAUGAAGCUUUUUUUAAACACUUUAAAUAAGUUGUAAUGAGUUUUCCCCGAAAUGUGCUUAAUUUUUGGUUAUUUCACGUUAAAGUAUUCCAUUUGGAAUUUGACGAAUAUGAACCUAUUUUUCAUUAGCUAUAACUCUGCUUCUACUAGGUAUAGAGACGUGAUAUAUACACCAUUUUUUUUAGUUUUUUACAGGCUAUAUUUUUGCUAAGAAUGUUUUUCGACAAAAUACUUAUUAUUUGAGCUAUUUGCGAAAAACCGUCUAAAAGCAUGGUUAUUUAGUUGAAGAAAUGAACAUAUUCACUGCCAAAUAACUCGAAAAGUAUUGACUUGGUGAAAAAACUCUGGACAUUUCCUGACUUACUUUGGACGAAUAUUUUUUCACCCUCAAGAGGGGGUGAAAACCACCCCCGGGGCAAAAGCACAUAUCGGCACAAUAUCACUUUUUUUCUUUGACUUGUUAGCUAUGUGUAUGCCAAAUUUUAUGUCAAUCCAAGCGGUUCUUUAAAAUUUAGAGGUUUUGCAAUAUUUUACCGUUAAAGAACGGACUAUAAGAACGCGCACAAAAUGAUAUAUGAAGCAUUUUAAUAAAGGGCAUGGUGUGUGAAGGAUUUCAAGAAAAUCACUUUCUGUAUUAAUUCUCCUUUUUUGGGGGGUGGUUCCGAAAAAAAAUGGGGUGCAUUAAAGAAAUUUGUAAAUAACACCAGUACCUGGAUAAUCCCUGAAAGUUUUUUUACUCUAGCAUAGGCGGUUCAGAUGGUAUAAAAAGGGGUUUUUUAAAAUAUAACACCCUGUAAUUAAAAAAUUUGCAAUUGCCCUUCAAUGAAACCUAUACCAAAAAAUCAGCCACUUAUUUGUGAUUAAUUGCCGCAGGGUUUCUUCUUAAUUUUCAUUACAGUUAGGGAAAAAUAAUUUUUUUUAAAAACAUCUUUUUUAAAAAUUUGUCAACUUUGGGGCGCCACCCCCGCUAAACGGUGGGUGAUAGACAUAUGCUGUCGGGAAAUAAAUAGUAGGAAAUAUAGUCCUCUUCAUUUUACUAUUAAGUAAAUUUUUUGCAAAAGGUACAGGAAGGGCUACGUUUCGCAAAAACCACAAAUUACCCCCUUUAAAGGGAUGAAAAGGGGGGUUCCGGGGCGACAUGUUUUAAGAAAAAGUUAGUCUCAUAAUAAGCACCCCUUGAUAUAACAGAAAAAAAAAAUAAAACCGGACUUGUGUCCAUUUUGCGAGGUUCAACCUCUGUUUCCUACACUAAGAGACAAAACAUGUAAUGUGAACGAAGCCAGACUGUUAGAGAGAAAUCCAUGUUUUCUGGUGCUUAAUACGCCGCCAUCUUUAAACUGACUUGUUGAAUGAUGACUCUGACUGUUGAAUGUUAACAAUGUGAUAUUGGCAAUAACAAUUUUGUGUAUGGCAGCUCGGAAUAGAUCAGCGGAUGUCUUGUGAUACCCUCUCGGAAGUUUCGGAGCCAGAAGCUUCUUCUAUACCUAUACCUAUCAUAAAGUACCCAGUACCAACUGUUCUGUUCUUAGACUAACAGCGCCACUAGUUGUGGGGCAUAUCGUAAUAUUUUCUCUGAUGCGCCUAUACCAGUUUCCUUACUAUAUGAGGUUCUGGUGUGACUAGUAGGAUGGUGCGAAAAAAGUCAAGUUGAUAAUUCCGUGUCGCUAUAGUGCGGAAAAGUUGCGAUUGGUAAUUACAAGAAAAACAAAAAAAGAAUUAUUCAAAUCGGACUUUAUCUUCCGAUCCCGCAACGGACCUAAAGAUUAUGAAAAAAAAAAUUUUACCUUUUUUUCAAAAAAUUUUAUUUAUCCUUCGAGUACGUUUUAUUUAUCGCUAUAGUAAAAUUUAUUUACACUUAACAUGGUUGAGUACUAAAAAAAAUUGUUUUACACAUUUAACGAAUAUAUUCCGAUCCCGCAAGCCCAAUCAAAAUUUAUAAAAAUUUGAAAUUUUUGAUGAUUUUGAAAAAUUAAAAAACAUUUAGUUAUCUCAUUUUUUUGUUACAUUGUGAAGCUGUUCGCUUGUUUAGAUCUUGUAUGACAAUAUUUAAACAACCCAGAUCUCAAAACGAGGGGGUGGUUGCAGUUCUAGCUCCACACGCACCCUUCUCUCCAACCAACCAAUGAGUGUGUUUUUUACAUUAUUUACAUAUGUACAUUUCUUUUUCAUCUGUUUGUGUCCAGCUCUCAAACACCAACUUUGCAUUGUGAUUUUUUGUUAAAAUCUGGCAGCAUGUACCUUAAUUUAAGUGUUGUCCUGAUGCAUCCAUCUCUUAAUUGAGGCCCACAUACAUUAGAAUUAGACGAUGCUUCCGUGGCCAACUUUAGACACCGCUCAUCAACUGGCUUGUGGCAGGGAUAUUUUUGUACAUUCCAGUCUGGCAUGUCGCCCGAUGUAAUACAAGGAGUUAUAUCUUCAUUUGAAACUUUUCUAGGAAGUGGUGGAGAAGAUAGUUUUGCAACAUUCCAGUCUAUUAUUUUAGUUUAGUCCUGUGCUUCAAAAUUUCAAGUAGUAGGGAGAAAAAAAAAAACACAUUAGAGUGCUAGCGCCAAGGAGAGCGUUAAAAGCCGGACAGACUAAAGCCAAGUGCAAAAGUAUUAGACAUUUCAUCCCUCCUACUUUAAAUUUUCAAGCACAGCACUACACUGAAACAAUAGACUGGAAUGUUACAAAACUAUCUUCUCCAUCAGUUCUUCGAAGAGUUUCAAAUGAAGAAAUAACUUCUUGCAUUACAUCAGGAGACAUGCCAGACUGAAAUGUACAAAACUAUCCCUGGCACAUGCAAGCUGACGAGCGGUGUCCAAAGUUGCCCUCGGAAGCAUUGUCUAAUGCUAAUGUAUGCGGGCCCCAAUCAACAGAUUGAUGUAUUCAACAGGAAAACAUUUAAAUCAAGGUCCAUGCUGCAACAUUUUACCAAGCAAUUACAAUAUAAACUUGAUGUUUAAGAGCUAGACACAAAUAGAUGAAAAAGAAAUGUACAUAUGUAAAUAAUGUAAAGAACACACACUCAUUAGUUGGUUGGAGAGAGGGGUGCGUGUGGAGCUAGAACUGUAACCACCUUCUCGUUUUGAGUUCUGGGUUGUUUAAAUAUUGUCAUACAAUAUCUAAACAAGCGAAGAGCUUUACAAUGUAACAGAAAAAUGAGAUAACUAAAUGUUUUUUAAUUUAUCAAAAUCAUCAAAAAUUUCAAAUUUUUUUAGAUUUUGAUUGACCUUGCGGGAUCGGAAGUUAUUCGUUAAAUGCGUAAAUCUAUUUUUUUUAUUACUCUACCAUGCAAACUGUAAAUAAAUUUUACUAUAGCAAUAAAUAAAACGUACACAAAGGAUAAAUAAAUUUUUUUGAAAAAAGGUAAAAUUUCAUUUUUUUUUCGUAAUCUUUAGGCCUGUUGCGGGAUCGGAAGAUAAAGUCCGAUUUGAAUAAUUCUUUUUUUGUUUUUCUUGUAAUUACCAAUCGCAACUUUUCCGCACUAUAGCGACACGGAAUUAUCAACUUGACUUUUUUCGCACCACCCUAGUGACUAGGCCCGGUCCCAGGGGCGUGCGACCUGCCGGCUGCCCAGGGCGGCAAAUUUUUAGGGGCGGCAGAUGACUCCCAAUUUUUGUGUAUCAAGAGUCUACCAAGUAAGGAAGGGGCGGCGGUCACCGAUCUUGCCCAGGGCGGCAAAAUCCCUAGGGCCGCGCCUGGGUGUGACAAUAAGUCAGUUUACGUAUGUAUUCUAUGUAUCUAAGUGGCUAAAAUCCAAAAAACGUCAUUUUUAUUGCACAACCUACUUUAAUUAGUUUUUUUGAUGGAUCUAUAGUAUUUAAAUUGCAACUGAUUAUAUAUAUUUUUAAUUAUCAUUACUUUAUAUACAGGGUGUCCAGAAACUCUACCGACAAACUAAGACAGGAGAUUCCUUAUAUAAUUUUAAGACAUUUUAACCCAAUUCAUCUAGUCCAAAAAUGUUUUCUAAGGGAGCUAGAGCUCUUUGAAGAUGGCGUCUUGUAAUUAGUUUUUCUUAAAUACCUCCAGAAGGCUUCUAUUUAGAAAAACAAAAAUUGGUACGCAUAUUUACCUUCCAGAGAUAAAUCGAUUUCAUCCAUUGUGAAUUUCUAGUACCGGUCAUAGGCGUCCGUUUUGGGUAGGGCAACGGUUAUUUUAUUGCAUAACUUUUUUGUCUUUAACUUAUAAGCAUUUUUGAUACUGGAUUAUCAUAUUGUGAGAUAUUCUAGUACUAAAAGGUACUCUUGAUUUAAGUCGGUAGAACACACCGUUUUCUAGAAAAAUCGAUUUGAAAAUUUUUCGUUUCUUGAAUUUGAAAAAAAAAAAAAAUUAAAAAAAAAACGGUGUAUUUUACCAAUUUAUACUAUUCGUUGCAAGAUAUUUCGGAUUUAAUCAGAUUUAUCAUUUAGUAAAGUACCUUUAAACUUUGGAUAGAAUUUAAAGUUGAACCUAAUGUAAAGAAAGACUAAGGGUGACUAUUCGUUACAGCAUUAAGGGAGUACAGUCAUUUUGUGCUUGAUAUCGGCCCAGUCUCUUAAUCUGGGGAACUCCAUCCGAAUUAUCUUGCAACGGAUAGUACCAAGAGUAACUUUUAGUAUUAGAAUAUGUACCUCAUAAUUUAAUAAUCUAAAGUCAAAAAUUCUUAACAAUUAAAGACAAACAAGUUAUACGAUAAAAUAACCCUUGACCUACCCAAAACGGACGCAUAUGACCGGUACAAGAAAUUCGCAAUUAAUGAAAUUGAUUCAUCUCUGGAAUAUAAAUAAACGUACCAGUUUUCAAAAAUGAAUAACCAUUUUCAAUUUGGUUGCAAAACGAAAAUACAGCCGAACCAUAUUCUAGUCCAAUCAGAGAGUGCGGCAAACACCUCUACCGGUUUCGAAACUUAUUAGUCUCUUAUCAGGAGUCACAUAUGCUGCUCUCUCUGAUCCAACCAAAGCAAACCCCAGCGUGCAAUCCCGGAUUGCAACGAACGUCUUUAGUAAAAUGUCUUAGUCUUUUUGUACCAGUUUUAGUUUUUCUAAAUGAUUUUUUAUUUAUUUUUUUUUGGAAAUUCAAAAAACGAAAAAUUUUCAAAUUUAUUUUUCUAGAAAACGGAGUGUUCUACCGACUUAAAGCAAAAGUACCUUUUAGUACUAGCAUACCUCAUAAUUUAAUAAUCCGGUCUCUUUCUUCUUUCUUUCUCAUAAUCCUCAGUGCCCUUCAGGGCGUCGGAUGUCGGGUUCCGCCUUUUAUCCACUUCUUCCAAUUGCUUCUAUUGGUGGCCAGGUUCUUCAUAUCCCUCAUACUGAUGUGUCUCCUUUCACCUAUAUCCUGGAUCUGGUCCAUCCAUGUGUUCCUCGGCCUUCCCUUUUUUCUUUUGUUUCCCAUUUUGGCUUCAUGUACCUUUUUUGUAAGUUUAUUUUGCUCCAUUCGUUGUAUUUGUCCAAACCAGCUUAAUUGUUUGUUUUCGAUCUUCCUCAUUAUCGGUUCUUGUUCCAGCUCUCUUCUUAUAUCUUCAUUUCUGAAUCUAUCAAACUUCGUAACUCCGGCUAUUCUUCUCAUGUAUUUUAUCUCGGUCGCGUUUACCAUUGAUUCAUGUUUCUUUUGGAUAAUCCAUGUUUCCGCCCCAUAUGUCAUUAUCGGAUUUACUAUGCUGUUGUAUACUCUGAGUUUAGUUUUGUUGCCUAUUUCUGACUUUCCAAAAAUUGUAUUAUUUAAAGAGUAAUACACGCUAGUUGCCUUCUUCAGUUUAUUACUUAUUGCCAAGUCCGUUUUCCCAUCAUCUGUUAUUAUGUUUCGCAAAUAUUCAAAAGUAGAUACGUGUUCUAUUACUUUUUCCCUUACUAUUAUAUUAGUAUUCCUUUCCCUUUUCUCAUCUUCAUUUAUUAUCAUAAGUUUUGUUUUGUUAAGAUUCAUUUCCAUUUUUAAUUUAUGUAUCUCUUUUUGCCAAAUAUCUAUUAGUUUCUGCAUUUUCUCUACUGUGUCUGUGAUUAAAACUAUAUCAUCAGCGUAUAGAAGGGAGUUGAUCUUUAUAUAAUCCGGUGUCAAAAAUGCUUAAAUGUUAAAGACAUAAAAGUUAUGCGAUGAAAUAACCGUUGCCCUACCCAAACGGGCGUCUAUGACCGGUACUAGAAGCUCACAAUAAAUGUAAUCGAUUUAUCUCUGGAAGAUAUGCGUAUCAAUUUUCAUUUUUCUAAAUAAAAGCGUUCUGGAGUUAUUUAAGAAAAACUAAUUACAAGACGCCAUGUUCAAAGAGCUCUAGCUCCCUUAGGAAGCAUUUUCGGACAAGAAGAAUUGGUUAAAAUGUCUUAAAUUUAUCUGAGGAAUCUUCUGUCUUCGUUUGUCGGUAAAGUUUCUGGACACCCUGUAUAAAAAUAUAUUGUCAAAUUAGUCUGAUCAAAAGUUUGGAUUUCCUAUUUUGAUUUAUUUAUGAAUAGGUUGAACAAAUGUAUAUUAUACAUACACUUUUUUGUAUUCAUAUCGAUAAGUAAAAAUAUUGAGUUAUAUCUACUUAAAGUUUAUAUAUGUAAAAAUAUGAAAGACAGUCUGGUUCUAAUAUAAAAAAUAUUUUUUUUGUAAUAUAAUUAUUGUCAAGUUUUUA